GCGAAAUCGAUUAUCGCGAAGCACAGCUUGAGUAUCCAGAUCCACAUUCUUAUCCUUGAAAGGCUGCACCUUUGGUGUGGAGGCAUAAUACUCUGCAGCAAUACGCUUAUCCUUGAUGCAUUGUGCCAGUACCUCAAUUUCCUCAUGAUUGCCAGAUCCUGAAACUAUCUUCGAUAUUCAGCUUCCACAUCGCUAUUCGAUCUGAUCUGUUCGAGCUCUAUUGCAGAGCCUUCACAAGUCGAUCGGAUGCCCUACACACCGCCUGCGCAGCACUCGCCUGCGUCAUCCAAACCUUCCAGCCCUUCGCUCAGCCGAUCACAUUCCCACCAGAAACGGUUCUCUGGGUCCGAGCACCAUCACCAUUCUCAUCAUCUCCAACAUUCUCCAAAUCGGUCCGGUAGACCUACUCUACCGCAUUCGACUUCGUCGACCUCUUACCUUUCCCGACACCGUCGAUCACCUUCGGCAAGCCAACUGCAUUCGCACGCCGUGGCACCGCCAUCGCCAGAAGAGUCUUCUCCGGCCGACAAGGCCAUUUCUCUACCCAAUGGCCCAGCCGAGCAGCCUUUCACCAACGGUCAUCCGGUCUCUCCUCCCUCCUCUUCCCUCGAAUCUUCGGAAAGCCCUAGCGACGAUGAGGGCAUAACCGGCCAGCCUCGGGGAAGGAAACUCGAGAACCUCGAGGAGCUCCAGGAAGCAAUCCGUACUAUUGAGCAGCGCCGUGAAAGUUCUCCAGGAAGGGCAGAGCCGCAAGUUGAUGGAGCUAUUCAGACUGUCGAGGCUGCAAACGGACAGGCCAAGGAUGUUCUGGUUUUUCGCCCCGGUGCGAGACCAUUGUCCAAGGAAGCUCGAAAGAUUGCUCAUUCGAGAUCCAAUACCGAAUCCGCCAUUAUUCUCAACCUCGGCGGUGUUCAGGUGGAGUCACCGAAUCAGAGUGUGGAGGACAGUAGUGACACUGAGGACUCAGUCGAGGCUGAGAGAGUAAAGCCUCCGAUGGUGCGCAAGAAAUCUGGAGAGCUUGUUAAGCCUGCUCUGCGACCGGCUUCCCGGCGGCGUCCGUCCAGCAUGCCUGGCACUCCAACAUAUUCAAAGGCUGUACAUUUUGACUCCCAUCUCGAACACGUGCGUCACUUUCUGAAGGUGGACCGCCCGGUUGCUGUCAGUGCAGGCUCAUCCCCUGUUGAGACUUUCGAUUCUGAGAUGGAGUUUCCUUUCUCCCAAGACAACUUCUACCGAAGUCGGACACCUCAGUUUGAAUGGGAGAUUCGACUUUCCAAUUUCCCAUCCGAUAGUCCGGAGCGACGAGCCUUGCCUGUUCGUGUCGAGAGGGUCUUUUUAUCUACCGAUAACAAGACCCUUGUCGGCUCGGUGGCCGUGGCCAACCUUGCAUUCCACAAGUCAGUCGUCGCUCGGUUCACUUUUGAUUAUUGGAAGACGACCUCCGAAGUACUUGCCGAGUAUAACAACGACGUUCGCCGUAAGCAAGUCCACGACGGUUAUGAUCGUUUUAACUUCAAUAUCAAGCUGGCCGAUCAAGCGAAUCUGGAAAAUAAGACGCUCUUCUUUUGCGUUCGGUACAGUGUUAACGGUCAAGACUUUUGGGAUAAUAAUGGCUCGAUCAACUAUCAGGUCGAGUUUAUCCAAAAGGCAAAACCUCAGGACAGCAAAAAGGGGGUUCAAUCCGCGCCGCGUCGCUCACUGCCUCGCAGCCACCUGUCCUCCCCUCCAGCUUCGGAGAAGUCGCGUGCCUCUGCUAGUUCCUUUGACGAUUUUGCGGAUGGAUUCGGCUACCGACACGAUUUUGAUAAUUUCCGUGAGGCACCUGCCAAAAUCAUGGGCGAUUCGCCAGGCCCUGCACUUCGGUUCAAAGCUUCCAAGGGUGCAGACGUUCUUAAUCGGGAAUCUCCUGCACGUAAAGUCAGUCCAGCGGGACAAGCGUUUGGCAACAGGUAUGAUUUUGGCGCGUCGCUCUCCGCCGCUAUCCAGGCUGCAAACACAGCACUGGGCGAACGGAGUGGCAUUCAAAAACGGGACUUUGCCAAGGAGACACCUACACCCUCGAAGUCCUCAUCGGCCGUUUCUGUGUCUGGAAAGGGUUCUCAAGCCGGUCAGACAACGGCUACUUCGUCCGCGUCGACAGUGCCGGCUUCCAGGUCUUUCCAGGAUUCGGCUCCGAAGCCAACGGCGCUCACGUCGGAGAAACCUUCGAUCCAGUCAUCAUCCUACCAUGAAUUGCUGGACAAGUAUUGCUUUUUUGGGUCCGCCAAGACGUCACCUCAGAUGCCAAGUGGGACCCUGGGACAAACGGAUGGCGCUAAUGAUGAGCGGCCCCUAUCGCUUUCCAUCGCGGAGAACCCUCGUCAAUCUGGUGCCUCAACCCCGGCUUCUGCUCAAAAUAAUAAUCCCUCUGCCUUUCGGGAAGACAUCAAACGUGACCAUGCCAGGACCGAAAGUCCUCGCAACCGAUCCACUUCUCCUGCGCCCAUGACUGGUUCCGCGUACGGUACACGAACUCCGUCACCUGUCUCCUUUGGCUAUCCGUACCAUCAGUCUCUGCACGGUGGUAUUUUCUCCGAGGGCCAUACUCCUACAGCGAUUUUGAGCUAGGGAGGAAGAUGCGGACUCAACGACACGGGGAAAAUGAUCCUAAAUCGCUUGGUCCAUGGCCAAUUUGGUUCCUGGAGUAGACUCCACUCCUUUUCUGGAUCUCUAUCUGCACCCUAGCGCUCGUUUGGUUGCAGAUUUGUUCAGAGAUCUUCCACUCGUUUUCACUACUCAGUCCUAGGUCUAGGAUUAUGGUUAGCUGACAUGACGAUUGAAAUGAAUAUCCUGCUCAUUGAGCAUGGAAAGAUGGGCUCCUUUCACGACUUGUAAUACGAUAAUUGGGGUUUGAAGCUUCAUUUUCCUUCGUGUCUAUUGUGUCUUUUUUACAUUAGCAUUGUUCGCGGGUCUGCUUAUUUUUUUCCAGUUUGCACGAAUUGCAUCUUUCCCUUUCUCUCUUCUUCUCUCAACAUGGGUCCUUCUCUCCUUACUUCAUAGACGGUGUUAUAAUUAGCUUGUUUCUUUU